AUGCUUAAUAACACGCACGGGGACGUAAUAUCACAACAAAAGGACAGUCCGAAGUCUGUUGAGUCGGACUCCCUGACGUCAUCCAAGCCAAAAUCAAAGAGGUCGUCGAAAGGCAGAGUGUUCCUAUGUACUGGUUACCCUGGAUGUAACAUGUCUUUUACAAGAUCAGAGCAUUUGGCUAGACACAAAAGAAAACAUACGGGAGAACGCCCGUUUACAUGUCCAUACUGUUCCAAGAACUUCUCCAGAUUAGAUAACUUGAGACAGCAUAAGCAAACCGUUCACGCAUAUGAAACGUAUUUACAGAGAAAUGGAAAUUCUAAUGAUGUAUACUCUGGUUCUCAGCGUGGUGAGUCCGAAGAUAAGUUCCAAUUGGAUAGAACAAAUGCGUCGUCUUCUUCUUCGAUAUCUUCAUCAUCAUCAAAGGGAAGAAAUGAUGAUCACAGUCUCCAUCACCACCAUCAUUAUCAUCCAGCCACUCCGAAUAAUCCGCUUUUCAGUCUAAAUGAAACUGGUGCAUUUAAAAGCGCUGCUGGUAUACCACAAGUCGGAUACUCUGGUGUACCUGGUACCAUGAUGUCACCUCCAAACUCACAAUCUCCACACUAUCAUAAUCAAGCUUACUACAUGAAUGGUCCCUCGGCUAAUCAUCCGCAUCAUCCCAUUCAACACGGCCAUCAGCAUUUGUAUCCAUAUCAAGGUCAAAGUCAAAGUCAUACUGCACCACAGCAUCAGCCUUCACAUUCAGCACCGCUCUAUGGACAACAAUAUGAGUCGCAGGCUCCUGCUCAUUACCCUUCACAACCUCCUCCGGUGCCUCCCAAGCCUCAUCAAGACAAUACUUUGAGAAUACCCAAGCACCAGUUCAAGCCCAAGAGAAGACCCAGGCCGUUGUCUCUUCAGCACUCAUUUGUGAACGACCCCGAAUCAGAAUCCACAUCCCCUGUAAGUAUGUCUUCUAGUCUCGCAAACAACUCUGGCUAUAGAACGGCUCCAGCAAAUUCUACCACAUUCAGCACAAUUUCCAAGACGUCAACGAGCACUACAACAACUGUGAUUUCAUAUCCUCCUGCUCCAAAGUCUGCCUCCUCAGUUGCAUCAUUGACUCCCAACUUGGUGUCUCCACUUUCACCACUCUUUCACCAAUCGUUCAGUCAAACAACAUCUAGAAAUAACGAUAGGUCCUCCUUUGGCGCUCGUUCACUUCACAGCUUGACUAUGCCCUCCACAACCAACUUUACUAUUCACAGCGGAGGAAGCCGCUCGUCGCUACCAUCCAUUCAACACCUUCCACUCAACGGAAAUGGAGACGAAGACAACAACAGCAUUGUGGGGCCCAUCUCAACAAUCAGCCAUAACUCGUUGGACGGAAUACUAAAGACUAGAACUGAUUUCGCGAACAAGAUGCUUCCUCCAUUGCCACAGGCUGCUGGAGACAAUACUAAGACAUGGCUUAAGGGAGUACUAAACGACGAUGGAACGGUUCUGACUACUUCAAUUUCUCCAUCUACGUCCGAUGCAUCUUGCAAUGACAUGGACAUUAAGAUGGAGGAGGUACCAUCAGGGCAGAUUCCGCCAAAUACAACUACAACAGAUAUUCUUAACGCAGAAACGACUACGGCUACGAACCCCACAGAUUCAUCUACUAUGGCUACUUCCAAAAAUGAGACGGCUAAUAAGAUUUUGUAUUCAUCCAAGAAGCCUACCAUUAAUAGCUUACUCUCGCCUACUGAACACCGAAAAUUUAGCUAGGUUUAAACGGAUUCGCUACACGGCGCCAGAGCCAACGACAAAUAUGUACUAUGUAUUAGUUAUUAUCAUUAAUGAAACGUUUUAAGACACAAAA